AUGGAACCCCCGAAGCUGCUGUGCUCUCUGACUUGCCUCUUGUUGGAAACUGUCGCUUUGUCUCUGUCACCUUUAUCUGCCUUCGGAAUACAAGACCAGGAUGGAUUGGAACCACGCUCAAGGGAAACUUCCAGGUCCUGGCUGAGCAACUUCAGUGAUUACCUGUGGGAUCUCAUCAGGAGCUCCAUCCCUACAGCUGCCAUUUUUGCUUUUCUGAUCAUUUCAGCAAUCAUGGGGACCCUCUGCUGCCUCACUAUCCUCAUAGGUGAACCAGUCCAAUGAAGUACUAGAAGAUUCCAAGAGAGUGCAGAGUGUGCUAUUUGUGUGCAUUGA